AUGAGUACUUUGGAGGCUUCAGAUGUCUCAUCCGACGACUGACGCGAUAAGUGUAUUUUAUGUCAUUAUAUUAAACAAUUUAAUUAUCUAGUGUGAAAACAUUUUGUUUACUAAGAAAUAAUAGAUUGCUAUAUUAUUGUAAUAUUGACAAAAUCAGCAUUGUAUCUUUAUGGAGUAUACGUCUUUCUUUUGAUCACAUUGAGUGCUGAUUUGCGAAGGGAUUGUAGCCAUAUUUACAGUGUUAUCCGGAUGAAUCGAGAUAAUUUUUGCGACAAUAAAAGACAUUAAAACAAAUGAAGGUAUUGUUUAAAAUGCAUGUUGUUGACAAAGUAAGAAAAAAUCAUCAAGAAUAAACUAGACAAUUAAAAAUUUAUCUAUGAGACAAUUCAAAAAAUUCGUGUCACGUUUUUGCAAAGACGCCUGUCUAAGAUCAUGAAGAUUUUCCGGUGUUUAUAAAUUUAUCGUUUUAUCUGUAAAGUGAAAAAUAUUUCAAAAUUAUUGUUUCAAAAGUUGUUGUGUACAAAGCAAAGUUCCAUUUAGUGUCUUCAAUUUUAUCACGGAACUGCAAAAAAUUCAAUGAUAAUGAAAAAGUUUUAAGAAACUAAUGCAAAUGUUAAAAUACUGAUUUAUUUAUUUGAUUGUGACAAAUAAUAUAUUGAUAAUUAACAUCAUCAAUAUCUAAAUCAUACAUGUUUUGGGCCAGACACAGAAAAGAUACGAUCAAAGACUAUGUUAUGUUUAACAUAACUUAUAUCUAUAACUGUUUGUUAAGAGACAGUCUGCAAGGUGCAGGCUAGGCACAUUAGUGCCAAUUGCGGGUAAUGGAUCCUGUUGGUCCAUGGUACGCCUCGUACAAUCGUCUAGCGGCUGGAACCGCUGCUGGCACAUUUCAAACCGGUGGUACAACAGCCAGUGGCGAAUUUGUGUCUCACCAUUUGAGUGCAACAGCCGUCAGUCAAUCUGUGUCAUCAACUACAGCGUCACAAUUAUUACUCCAAGCCGCCCACACAACGGCUUCAUUAGCGGGACAACCGUCGCCGUUCAAUCCUGGUAGCUUUUUAUCACCAACACCAGUUGGUUAUGACGUCUUUACCCCUCUAUUUCAUCAUCCCAAUGCUAAACAAUCCCACUAUGUACCACCACAUCGUCAAGUUAUGCCACAGUCGCAACUGGACACCGCGGUUAAACAAACAACAUCAGAUCCUGAGGUAUCUACAAUACGAGAAAAUUAUAAUGCCACUCAUCAAACACCAUUUUUUGAACAUCAGACUCAAACGACGUCAUCAACAACUUCUACUCUCACUUGGAAUCAUCAAACUAGUUCUCAAUUACCAAGCCCUUUUGGUAUCUUACCGCACGAGAGUGUUGUAUCUUCAUCUCCAGGUCCACCAGUUACUAAAAGUAGUGGAUCUGGUAGCUAUGAAAAUAAUUUUAAUUCUCACUUUGCCUCAGGACAAUCUCUUGAUAAUUUAAACUCCCCAUUACCUUCAUCAUCAGUCACAACUGAUUUUAAGUCUGCUACGUUCUCAGAUGGCAAGAAAGGCUCGAAGGCGACUUCUCCUACUAAUAUUAAACCUACUGUUUCGACGUCUCCUGACAACGGUAAUUCAUUUUUCCAACAAACUCCAGCUGCUUUUAGUCCUGAAUCUCUUGCCACUAAUUACUCAGAUGCAAAUGAAAACUCAGUCACCAAAGUUCAAUCUUUACAUCAACAAUCUUGUAUUGUUUCCACUGCUAACCAUAUUACAAAAGAUUAUAGAAUACAAACGCACUCUACUACAGCCUCAACUAUAUUUCCUAAUGCUUCAUCAAGGACUGGAGUACUUAGUCAAGAUAAAAAUCUAGUACAAAAUUUUGAAUCUCCGGCAAAAACUCAACCUAUCACACAAACGAUUCAAACUAAAGCACAAGCUAAAGUUUAUCCAGAACUAGGAAGUCACGAUCAUCCACGAACUGAAACCAGUCAUGAAGCAAACCAGUCAUCUCCAAUCAGUUACUCCAUGAUGGAUGCUAGGUCUUUAAAUUAUACAACUAGUGCUACAAGUAAUUGUAGUAAUAAUGGUAAUGGUAAAAUCACUAAUAAUCCGAGAACACCAGCUAAUACAACUUUACAUCAUCAACAGUAUCAUGUUCUUAAUCAACAAACGCAACAAACUGCACCAUACAGACAUUAUUCUGGUUCACAAAAUGAAGAAUAUCAUCAUUCUGGUAGAUCAAAGUCAGUAACAUCAACAGAUUCUGCUUAUUCUUCAAAUACGUCGACGCAAAAUGGACCAGAUUGUGGAGUUGUCGUACCUAGAAGACCAAGUCCUUUACAAGCUCAUUCUCAAGCGAGCCCUCUAAGUCAUGUGCCAAGUCCUGCUUAUCCUAUGUACAACAGUCCAAUGGCCGCGAUGUCAUCUCCAUCACCUCUUCAACAACAUGGAGAUAACAAUGGAAAUAAUCAAUGUGCCAAUGCUCAAACCUACAAAGCUGUAGUUCAACAGCAAGUUACUCCACCAUCUCCUUUAGAUGUUUCGGUACCGAGACCUGCCUCACAAGGUCAUGUAGCUUAUUCUUCUGUGAUUACAAGAGCUUUAGGUGCUGGAGACAAUACUAAAACAAAUUAUAGUGCUGAAACUCGAACAUAUGAUUGUCAGGAUUUUUCUCAAAGGCAAAAACAACAACAAAUAUGUUGGGACAAUGAUAGCAGGCCACAAAAUGUCAAUAGAAAGUUUCCAGUUGCUGGAUAUACGCCUACCAAUGCUGAAAUGAGUCCUCAAACUUUGCAGAAUCAUCAACCAACAUCAAGAAUGCAAAAUGUUCCAGAUAGACAACAAGGAUAUUUUGAUUCUAAUCAAAUGAAUCUUCAAAAUUUAAAUAGCUGUCGAGAAGAUUCGAUGGGUAUUGUUAAAAAUAUACACCAAAGUUCUGCAUGUCAAAUUCACCAACCAACUACUACUGGUGUUUCAUCACCAGCAGACUCACAAAAAGAUCCUGAAGAACGUAGAAAAAUCGAUUGUGAUAAAAAACGACGUAGUUUCGAUCUUUCUUCAGGCUCACCUGUUAUGACAGAUUAUCUCAAUCGAAUACCACCGCCAGCUCACCACAAUUCUAACCAACAACAAAAUGGUUACUUUGAUUUUGAACGAUGGAACUUAGCACCAUCAGCUUCAAAAAUGUUCUCUGGAUCUUCUAGUACUUAUGGUACACAAAAUACUCUUCAUCCUUCUGGAAAUUUUACCGGGAAUACAGUACAUCAACAUCAAUCAUUGAUGGUGUCUCAUUCUCAUUCAGCACCACCGAUUCCAUACUUUCCUACAUUCCAUCUUCAACCAGGACAUCAUCCAGGUCAUCAUCCUCACGAGUUUCAAUCAUCUGUAGAUAUGCCAAUGGGAUACGGUGAUAAUUCGUCGGGUCAAAAUUCAACGGGUUACCAAGAAUUUCGUGAGGAACAGCCUAAAGUGAUUGUUCCAAACAUCGAGGAGGAGUUGGGUUUUCUCCAGCAAAAUCAAUUACCAGUCGAGACUGCUAAUCAGGUGAACAAGGAUCUGAAGCCGGCGUGCAAAGAUCCAAACUCUGGUUUUAUGACAAGCUACUUGAAGUUUUUGCAGGGCGAGCGAGAACCCUCGCCACCACCUGCGAUUCGUGGAGGGAGGAAAGCUACUUGGAAUAGAUCGAAACCUUACAUGCCACCUGAACCGAUUAAACCAAAUGAAGCCUCGACAAAUGGAGGGAACUUCAAGGGACAAAACUCGGCCAAAGAAACCCCCAGUAUCGACUAUGCCAAUGAUCCCAGAUAUUUUCCAUUACCUAAAGAAAGGAAAAAACCUUAUAUUGAUUCUAGCGACGAUGGUUUAAGUGAAGAUGAUUUUCCAUUCUCUUUAAAAAAAUUUGAAAAAAAGCCUCCGAGUAAUAAUAAUUUUCUACCUAGUUCAGAAAAUAUUAUAGUUAAACCUGAGCCUAAGAAAAAAGGCAGACCAAUAAAACCUGGUGGACCAACAGACAGAAAAAGAAAAGCUGCUGCAGCGGCUGCAGCUGCCGCUGCUGCUGAUGCUGCUGCUGGAAUUCCACCAAAAAAAAAUGAUACUAAUCUCCUUUUGUUACCUCCAAGACGAGAAACGUCUAAACGAAAAGCAAAAGAGAAAAUUUCCACUAAACAACUUGCUGAGAAUUCUGAUGAUGAUGAACAGGGAGAUUCUGAUUCAGAUCCUGCAUGGACGCCUGCGGCUAAACUUACAGGCGAUGAUGAAGAAAAAAAGAAAAAACGUGGUCGUCCUGUAAUAAGUAAGAAAACGAGAAAAAUGCUUGACGAUGAUGAUUAUUUGUCGAGUGAUUUAAUGCCGAGAAAAGGGAGGAAAAAAGGAGAUAUGAAAAAUAUGGUAUCGAAGUUUGCAUGUAAAAUUGACGAAAAACUAUUGGCCUCUGUUAGCGAUGAAGAUAUCGAUAUUUCACCAUUCAAGCGAUAUAUUGAGGAUAUAGAUAAUGGGUCUGGAGAAUUUGUUGUUAUAAAAACUGAAUUAGAAGAAGAAUAUCCCGCACUUUGGAGGAUAGAUGGUAAAACGUUGUUACAAAAAUAUGAACCAUUUAAUUCUAACGGAAAAAUGCUAUAUCGAAAUAUUUCUACGUACUCUGGAUGGACUCCACAAAAUCGUCAUUUAUAUCAACAAGUUCCUGUUAAGUUUUGGCAACAAGGAAAAUUGGAAACAAUUGUCGAAUUUUUAAGAGAUGAGAUGAUAAUUGAUGAUAAAGAAUGUAUCCAUCGAUCAAUGAAAGACAACGAAAAGUAUCAAGAUAACUUUGAAGUUUAUGUACAAACAUUAAUAAGUCAAGCGUUGGAUUCAAAUUUUUUAACAGAAAUUUUUCAAGAGCAAGAUGAAUAUUUCUUGUCAAAUGUUAAAAUGAUUGAUGAAAUAACGGAGGAUCGAAAAAACCGCUUACUAUCAACUACAAAGUGGCAACCAAAUGUUGUUACAGCGAUAUCUACGUGGCCUUGCUUAAACGUACUAAAGGAUUUAUCUAACGUUGAAUGUAAAGGAAAACAGUGUGUUGGAUGUGAUUAUAAUCAAAUUUACGCUAGAGUAUUGCUGUAUGGACAACCGUACAAUGCAACUACUUUAGAAGGAUCUCCACCAGAUCCUUCUGUGCAGCAUGAAAAGGACUUUUUACUAUGUAGAGUUUGCCAAACGAAAGUAGCUUUAUUUAAUAAAGUUACGCAUCAAAAAUAUAUUACGUUCCUUGAAUGCGCCAGGAGGGUCGCCGAUAAAAGAUUGCAAGAUCCUAAAAAAGACACGACGAUUAUUUUAAAUGAAUUAUUAGCUGAUGAAGCGUGGCUCAAUCAGCUAUUUAAAGAAGUUCGCACAAUUUGGGCUGAAAUUGACAGCAUAGAAUAUCAAUCAAAAUCAAAAUUAAAUUCUAAUUCUACUGUGAAUGAGAGUAAUUUACAAUUACCUGAAACAUCAACGCAACAAAUGGAAAUUAGUUGUCUCCCAAUAGAGCCAAAUGAAAAUUUAAGUGCCAGUAUACUAUCUUAGUAAUUUCAGCUUACUUAAGGAGUAUACUUUAAAAUAAUAAUAAACACGAAACAUAAAAAAUAAUUUUCGAGCCUUCAAAAUAAAGUAUUAGCUUAAUAUUUCAAGUUUGUUGCCUUAAAGAUUAUUAAUCACGUAAAUAAUCAGUGAUAAUUUAUUGUUUUCGCGUUAAUCAAUUGAUAAGCAAAUCUUUCUUUACUAAUGUUGAAGAAGAUUUGAAAUAAGAUUAUUCAAUCAAUAUUUACCUUUGUUAUUUUCUUUGGACACAAAUUCUUAUGUCUGAAAAUUAAUUAAAGGACAUCGUCAUUAUCAUUUGUAAUAUAUUCAUGCCAUGAUUUGUAAUGAUUGAACGAUAAAUCAUCAUCUUGGCAGUUCGUGUUUAAAUAAUAUUUUAAACUACUGACAUUGACGUAUUAAUGUGAAUAUAGAUGAUUAGAUAUUAAUUAAUAUAAGUAUGUAUUUGUAUGUGCUAAAUAGGUGCUAGGAAACGGACAAUGUAAGUCUUAAAUAAUAAAUCAUUGAAUCUAAUCAUUUGAAAUAUUCCGACAAAUAUGAUGGAUCUCAGGUCGGUCAAUUGAAGAUCAAUGAUACAAUUAGAUUAACCAUUGUAAUAUACGCAUAAAUGAUACAUCACAAAACUCAUUAAUUGAGACAUUGAAUAUUUAGAUACAUUCAAACGAGCGACUAUUUUAUUUGGUCGACGUGUGCAAUAAAAAAUUGUAAAGGAUUAUUUUCAUUUAGAAAAAUGGAAAUUUGAAUUAUUUACUAAAUAUCUUAUCAUUAAGACGAAUUGAAUAACUCAUUGAAAAAUGA